UGCAGGGUAAAACAGUGUCAAUUGCAUUUGCUGUCCACCAGGAAAAAAAAAGAAAGAAAGAAAAAAAGUAAGCAUUCUCCUUCCGCCCGCUCUAGGCGGGCUGCUGGAAUGUGGCAACGCGUUUCUGGCAGGGGGAAAUCGAUUUCCCCAGCAGCCCCCAGAGCAGCCCCGGGCGCAGCAUGAAGAGGGGCGGCGCGGCGGGCGCGCCUGCGGCCGGGCUGCGGGGGUGCGGGGAGCCGCGGCUGCAGGACCUGAGCCCCGAGGAGCCCGGCGUGCGGCCCCUGCGGCCCUGAGCGCCCGCACUGACCGCACCGCACCGCACCGCACCGCACCGCACCGCACCGCACCGCACCGGGCCGGACCUGGUAUUACAAGCGGAUAAAGUAAUGUGUACUGCUCUGAGCCCAAAGGUACGCAGUGGACCUGGCCUGUCUGAUAUGCAUCAGUAUAGCCAGUGGCUGGCCAGCAGACAUGAAGCUAAUUUGCUCCCGAUGAAAGAAGAUCUGGCCUUGUGGUUGACCAAUCUAUUAGGGAAGGAGAUUACGGCAGAGACUUUCAUGGAGAAGCUGGAUAAUGGUGCCUUGCUCUGUCAGCUCGCAGCCACCGUGCAGGAGAAGUUCAGAGAGACCAUGGAUGCGCAGAAGCCUGCCAAGAGUCUGCCACUGAAGAAGAUUCCAUGCAAAACAAGCGCACCCUCAGGCUCCUUUUUCGCCCGAGAUAAUACAGCAAAUUUCCUAUCCUGGUGCCGAGAUUUAGGAGUGGAUGAAACCUGUCUGUUUGAAUCUGAAGGUUUGGUCCUCCACAAGCAACCAAGAGAAGUGUGUCUCUGUUUGCUGGAACUGGGCCGGAUUGCAGCCAGGUAUGGUGUGGAGCCUCCUGGGUUGAUAAAAUUGGAAAAAGAAAUUGAACAAGAAGAAACGCUUUCUGCUCCUUCUCCCUCACCUUCUCCGUCAUCAAAGUCUCCUGGCAAAAAGAGUACAGGAAACUUGCUGGAUGAUGCUGUGAAGCGAAUUUCGGAGGAUCCUCCUUGCAAGUGUCCAAGCAAGUUCUGCGUGGAGCGGCUCUCCCAGGGGAGAUACCGAGUGGGAGAGAAGAUUCUCUUCAUCAGGGGUCUUCAUGGUUGUUACUAUGUCUCCACAGCCAAAGUAAAGCAGACAUUGAAGAUGCUGCACAACAAACAUGUCAUGGUGCGUGUGGGAGGCGGAUGGGAAACUUUUGCUGGGUAUUUGUUGAAACAUGACCCUUGCCGAAUGCUGCAGAUCUCACGUGUGGAUGGCAAAACAUCCCCUAUCCAGAGCAAAUCUCCAACUCUUAAGGACAUGAAUCCAGAUAACUACUUGGUGGUAUCUGCCAAUUAUAAGGCUAAGAAGGAGAUUAAAUGAAACUCUCGGUGGCCACAAAAGGACUUUGAUAGGGCCCUAUAUCCACAUUUCCAGUGUAGUCAGUUUAGCCCACUUGCUCUGAAAACCACUUUGGAGAAGGGUGUAACAGACAGAAAAUGUCAUCAUACUGAAAUAUAGUAGCACUAUUUAUUUGUAAUGCUUCUGUAGGAAAUGACACCAUUAAAGUCUAAAUCCAGAUUUAAACUAGUGAAAUCAUAGGCAAAUUAUUGUUUCUCAGUAUCUGAGCACAGUAUUUAGGGCACACACAGUAUUAGGAACACAAUGCUAGCUAUAGAUGCUGAAGACAAAACUAUUACGAGAGAAACACUUAGAAUUCUUAGAAAAGUCAACAGAAAGUGCCUGCUGUGUGUCUAUGAGUAAAAGCACCCCAGACAUUUUUAUAAUUCUGGAUUUUUAAGCUAUUUUUUACAAAAUGAGUAGUGUGAUAAUGUGCUACUAAAAACAUGGAACAGUACUCUCAGUUAAGUACAGGCUAUUCACAGCAGUAAUGCUGUCCUGGAAAGGCCACUUCAGAAAAGUUUACAUUCAUUGGGAAGAUUGCCUUAAGUUUCGCUUUUAUCUCUGACCAAAUAUCUGGGGUACUUUUGGAAGUUUUUGGUACACCCCCCUUAGAGAAGAGCUGAUGAAUUUCACACAUUCUUAAGCACAUGGCUGGUGGUUAGAAAGAGUGUAAUUCACACACAUGAGCUGACAUACAUUUAUUUUGAUGACUGAAUUGUAUAAAUGGUCACUGACUUCAUGUUACUUUAAAGCAUUUUCUUAUUAAAGUAUAUCUUCAGUUACUCCUAUUUUGUUAUGCUGUCUAGUAAAUUCAUUGUAGCUAAGGAUGUUACAGGCUUGUGUAUACCAUUGUAUACCUGAGACAGGGCAAACAGCAAAGGAUUGUCCUCACUGAUGCAAAAAUUAAAAAGAUAAAUUUAAACAAUG